GAACUGUACACUUUUCGUGCCCAGAGAAUGCUGUGCGGCAAACUUGAAGGGACAAAAAGUUUGAUGUUCUUGUCAAUGCUAUUCAAAUAAUUGAAGAUGAAGCGUUCAGUGUACUUUGGCACUCCCGAAAAUUUGAAAAGGGUGUUUGUUGUUAAACAAACCCGGCAAGCAAGUAAUUCUUUUCAAUCAAAAAUGUGUGCUCAAACGUCUUGGUGGGUUUUAGACUUCAGAGUACCACUGUUCUUCGUAUGCUGCGUCGUGACUUUUAUUACGAGUCACGAUGUACCGUUGCGGCCUAGGGAAAUGGUGUCCCUUUUGGAGGAGGGCAAGAGGCAGUAUAACCUUGUUCAGGCCAAGACUUCUAUGCCAACAUUUGGCAGCUGCUGGAAGACUGCGAUCGCACGAAUGCACGGUGGAUGCCAACAUCUCGAUGACCGAAUCCAAAGUGAAGUCGCUCUUAGCUUUGCCAAUUGCUUUUUGGAAGGGGCAGGCCUCCCAAGGCAUGACUGUGAUGGAAGCGACAAGUCUCUUACUGUCAAAUUGGAAGAUUGUCUUAAAACUAUGCCUGACAAGACAUUUAUUGCAUACACAGAGUUCUUUACUCAUACUCAAAGUAUGUGUUUUUUUGUCAUGAGUCAGGUUUGGCAUGAAGAAACGGAGAAGACCAUUGACAAACUUUCCACCAGUGCUGCGGAUGUCGCUAAGCAGUUGGAGGCUUCAGAAGAGCUUCAAGAAGAGCUCUUGUUGCAUCAACGGAAAAGUGUUGUUAUUCAGCAGGAAUUGCUCGAAAAUGGUGUUUCUCUUGGCAGUAUGUUGCAUGAAUCAAGGGAUAACCUCAACGUCAUAUUUACUGAAUUCAGAGCUUCCACCUUGGAGCAGCAAAGACUUCUCAGUAUGGUAUUCCACCAUCUAUCAGCACUGCAAUCAUGGAUUGUUGGAGAAGUCUCGUGGGUGGAUUCAAUUGCAUUCUAUAUUCCAAGCUUUGCAUUUGUAUACUUUUUAUCAUCAGCACAGCGUACUACAAAUGCCCGAAUACCUGGUCUAUUGGUCCUUCUCUUUGCUGGACUUUUGGAGCGUUUUAUCUCCUAUAUUCUAUUGAGUGAUGGAGCUGAUGGAGCAUCUUUCCAACCUGUUGACAUAAUAAAUGAACGCCUGAGAUGGUGGGUGUGGCUGGUUCGUCGCUGUGCAAUUGCAGCCAAUGUUGUUGUCCUUUCCAUCACUCUCUACCGUUAUCAAGACCGUGAGGAAGUUAUGCAUCAACUUCUUGAACAAAUAAAAAGGCAGAAUGAAGAACUUUUAAACCACAUUCAUGGUAGAGUUAAUGGACUAAAAAAAACAAAGAGUCUCGAUGAAGCAGACGGAUUUGGAUACAUGCCAGUCCUUACCAGCUCAUCAUCUUCCUUAUCUGGACCAGUUUCUACGCCAAGCUCUAGAAAUUCCCCUGGGAUUUCUCAUAUCAAGCCUGUAGCAAGGACUGUGCCUACAACUAAUGGAGCAAUGUCACCCGUAAGAAGGGUUAAUAUUGGGAUUCCAACAGCUCACUCUGCUUUUAUACCAAUCAGAGAGAAUUCUCCUAUCAAUGAGUCAGUAACUUCUUCAAUUAUUGAUACGACCAUUGAGGAAAAUGAUUCAAUUGGUGUUUUCUCUGAUAUUAAUGCCUCUACUCCAAGAAACAAAAGAAAUAAUAAAAAAAAAGAUUUAUCUGAAAAUUCAAGCCCUGUAAGCACACGCUACAAUCUACGUAGGAGUGGCCGAAUCUCUGCAGCUUCUCCUGUGUGAGGAGGUUUUAGCUAGGGGAAAGUGGAAGAUCCCCCUGGUGCUUUCAGUGAGUAGAAUGGUAAAGAAUAAUUUCUUGUGUUUUAUUUGAGCGCUUUUCAUUCACCAUGAAUGAACCUGGGGUAUAUUUCCAUCUCAUGAUCCUACAAACUCAUUCCUGAUUAAGUAUUGUGUGGUAUUGUAAUGUACUUUCUUUGUGAACCUCUGUAGACUUUAAACCUCAUUGGUUCUGUUUCACCUCUAUCUCCUCAUCCAUGCUUGAAUCCCGCAGAAAGCGAGCUACGGGAGCUAAAUGCCAACUCCCCACGCCUCCUCUCAGUUGUCAAAGAAGUGGUCUAGCUCCUGUAGCUCACUUGUUGUGGGGCUCCAAUUUAUUCUUUUUAUUUCCAUUUUACUUUAUUUGGCCAUAUUUCCAACUUAAAUUCAGAUUUGCUAGUUAAGAUUUAUUUUGUAAAGUUAUUUUUAAUGAUAAUAUUUUUAUAAUUUUGAUUUUAACAACUAACUCCAUUGAAGAGACUGAUUUUAUAAUAAAUUUUUAAUGAAAUUCCCAUAAAUUAUGAAAAGGGGUCUCUUAGGCAUAUGUGGUUUUUAAAUAUGCUAUGUCAACCCUUUAGCAUAAAUUGUGGGAAUUCCUAAUGUAAUUUAAAUUUUGAUUGUGAAUCUAAUUUCAAAUUAAGAUUUCAUGUUUUAAGUACUUAAAAUAUGCAUUGCUUGGCAUACAUGUAUGGACUUAGUGAGAGACGUACAAAUAAGCAUCUAGUCGAUUGUAUUGUUAACUGCACAUCUCUAUAUUCUAUAUUCUCAUUAUUCAUGCUUUCAUAACUUUUUCUCUUCACCUCCACUUGCUUUAUGGGGGCGGUGAAGGAGGGUGUAACAAUCUGUUUUUAAGUUAUGGACAUUAUUAGAAUGGGGUUGGACAGAUGCAUGUAGUUAAUAAGCCCUGGUAGUUACCUAAGUUUUGCAAAAUAAUUUUUUUAUUUUAAAAUUAAACUUUCAGUGCCUUGUCUUCGGUUCCUCAGUCUUA